GUAAAAGUAUUUUAUCGACGGAAUUAAAGAAGUGAAGGAAAAAGGUUUUCAUACAAAACAGAAAAAAAUUUUUAAUGUAAAAACGAAAAGAAGUGUGGAAGGGGGAAAAUCUUAAGUUUCCUCAUUGCCUUUGUAACUGAGUAUAUAUUUCAAUGAAUGCAGUUGAUUAAUGUUCGCAGUUUUAUAUUAUCUGUUAUACUAGACACAUACUUGGAAUGCACAUGGCCUGCGAUAAACUGUAGACUGCAAAAGCAAGUUUUCUCACGUAUUUUAAAUGACAUUGCCUACAGAACUAAGGCUUUUAUGACAAUAUAUUUUAGAGUUGCAAAUAAGAUGACAACAAAUAUAAAAUUCAUUUUAUUAGCACUCAUAAUUAUUUCAUUCUCGGAAGGAAAAUCGCAAUCUUGGUUAGACUUAUCAUUUCUUCAAGACGAAUUUUUGAAUUCUUUUUUUCCUAAGAAUUCUGGUUUAGUGAAAGUAAGAAGAUUAAAUCAAACCGAAAGAAUGACGAUCAAUGCAAAAGUAUUGGAUUUUGUUGGCCUGGUAGAACAAUAUGAUUAUUCCGCUGAAGAGCAUAAUGUCAUAACAGAAGACGGUUAUAACUUGACAAUACACAGGAUAACUGAAAGUCCAUUGUCGGUUAACAAAAAAAAGAAGGAAAUUAUAUUUCUUCAACAUGGUAUUUUGGCUUCAUCUGAUUGCUGGGUAAUGUAUGGUCCUGGCAAAGAUCUUGCGUUUCUAUUGGCAGAUCAAGGAUAUGACAUAUGGUUGGGAAAUAUGAGAGGAAAUUCUUACUGUAGAUCGCAUGUAAAUAUGACGAUAUAUGAUCGCAAAUUCUGGCAGUAUAGCUUUCACGAAGUUGGAACAAAAGAUCUAUCGGCUAUGUUCGAUUAUAUAUUUAAUCAUACAAAACAAAAAGAUUUAUACUAUAUCGGUCAUUCAAUGGGUACUACUUCGUUAUUUGCUCUUCUGUCAACAAAACCGGAAUACAAUAUAAAAAUAAAAAUGGCUAUUUGUCUGGCUCCAGUUGCUCUUUGGAUAAAAGUAACACCUACAUUUAGCGAAGUUGUUAACAUUCUUCCAACAAUGAAAGAAAUUCUAGGAAAGCAUGAAAUAUACGAUGCCUUCCCACAAUCUUUAAUGUCCGUUAUAAUAGCAAGAACGUUAUGUAAAGAUAAUGCAAUUACUCAGAGUAUUUGCGUCACGUUAUUAUUCCUAAUCGUUGGUUCUGAUCCAGCACAACUUAAUACUACAACCCUGCCAGAUUUGAUUUCUCAUUUGCCAGCCGGUACUUCCUUACAAACAUUUGAGCAUUAUUACCAAAAUAUACGUGCGAAUGAUUUUCAAAACUAUGAUUAUGGAAUAGCUGAAAAUUAUAAACAAUAUAAACAGAAAAUGCCCCCAAGUUAUGAUCUCAAAAAGAUUACUGCUCCAAUCGUUUUGUUUUAUGGAGCAAAUGAUGUGAUUGUUAGAAAAGAGAAUGUGCUUGAACUAAGCAAACGCUUGCCAAACAUACUUUUAACUGAAGAAGUCCCAUAUAAACUCUUCAAUCACGUAGAUUUCUUGUGGGCAAUUAAUGCAAAAAUUAUUUUAUACAAUCGUAUAUUAGAACUAAUACAAAAGUUUAAUAAUAACCAAAAUAUAUCUAUGAAAUAAAUCUAAUCGAUGAAUAUAAAUUAGAAAUCCUUAUUUUUCUUUGUUUUAAUUUGAAAUAAUGAUAAACGAAAAUCACUCAAAAAUCGAUACACAUAUAUUUGUUUUACAGAUUUUUUAAAAUCAUUUUUCGUUUACCAACAUUUCAAAUUAGAACAUAAUAACAGAUGGGGAUUUCUAAUUUUACAUUCUUGUGUACGUGUGUUUGCAUAUGUGUACAUAUAUUUUUUCAUUUGUGUACUAAUUGCCAUAUAAUUAAUGUAAAAUUAUUAAUUAUAUGUGCUGCGAUAAGAUGGUGACAACGAUACAUUCAUAUUAAAUUACUAUUAAUUUAAAUGGUAAAUAGGUAAAUGAUUAAACGAUAUAUAGAUUAUACAUAUUUAAAAGUGCAUCACCUCAUUUUUAAACAGAAUAUAUACUUAAUUUUGUUGCGUAAAAACAAAUCAGUGCUACCUUUGAUAUUAUUAAGCGAAUUUAAUAAUAAUAUGAAAUAGGAAACUCUGUUUUGAAAUUAUUCAAAAUAAUAAAGAAAACGUUCGCUUUGGUAUAGUCAUGA